AUGCAUUCCCCAUCGAAGAGAUCCUCCAAGCCCGGCAUGGCUCCGGCAGCCACUGGGCCCUCCAUGGCCACCACAGCUCUCACACCUCCAGCUUCCCUGAAGACCACCAAAGCAGCAGUGUCCAACAGUUCCUCAGUGCAUCCUAAGUCCCCUAACUUGGUCAUGAGCCCUAGCAGUUCUAAGUCUACCAGAUCAACAGGUACCAAGACAGCUCCUUCAACCCGGCCCAGCAGCAGGUCUCAAGGCCACAGCAAGACAAGAACGCCCAAUCGGCUGAGCGCUGACGCCAAGGGCAGGAAGGCCAGUAAGGGCAGGAAGGGUGGCAAGAACAGCAUCUUGGGACGACACCGGCAGAAAGGCACACACAGCCGCGGGCGAACUCCGGGCAGGAGGGGAAUCCACAGUUCCAAGACAUCCCCAAGCAGAGGAAGUACUCCUAGCAGGAAGAGAACCCAUUCCGCCAAACCAGGUAUGGCCAAGAAGGCAAGGACCCCUACUUCCCACCGCAAACAAAGCCGAGGCAAGAGUUACAGCCGACCUAGAACCAGUACCCAGGAAAGGAGCACCAGCCAGCCUAGAAACGUGCGCCAGGAAAAGAGCCCCAAGCUGCCAGGAGCCUCAGACCGAGGGAGCAGCUCUAGACUUCCAAGGACCAAGAGCCACAGCCUAAGUAGGACAGCCUUGAAGAGCUCUAGCAAGUCUCCCGUGGCAUCCAGGAGAGCCAGGAGCUACAGCCAAGUGAUGCCCCCCAGCAGGGAACAUACUCACACCAUGACUGAUCUGACUGACAUGUCAGGCAUGACCAAGAGUCACAAGAAGGGCAACAGCUUUAGCAGGACCCGAAGUCACAGCCGCUCUAGGACCCCCAGAAGGUCAAAAAGUCACAGCCGCUCUAGGACCCCCAGAAGAUCCCGAAGUCACAGCCGCUCUAGGACCCAGAGCCGGGUGAGAGGUUACAGCUGGAAGAGAAAUCGUAGUAGGGCAAGGAGCCGUACGCGGAGGGGUACACCCACCCAGGUGAAACACAGUCAGCGUAGAACCCACAGCCGGGAGAAAAGUCACAGCCCAUGGACAGCUCAAGGAAGGAGAGAAAGAAGCCAAAUGUGGUCUAGGACGUCCAGUGAGGAAGAAAUCACCAGAGAGAGAGAACACAGCCGAGCAAGAGCCACCAGGAAGAAGGGGCACAGGCGGUCUAGGAGGCCUAGCGCUGGCAGUGGGCGCAGUAAGUCUAGAACCCCAAGCACAGACACAGCCCGCAGCCGGUCUAAAGCCUCCAUUAAGAAGAGAGACCGGAGCCAAUCCAAGAUCUUCCUCAAGGAGAGCCGCCAUGGCCGAUCCAGAGCCAGCAGCGAAGAGAGCUCUCGAAGCCACUCUAGAACCCACAGCAGGGGCAGAGAACACAGCCAAUCUAGAACCUUCACCCAGGACCAAGAACACGACCAACCUGCAGCCCCCGAGAGCCCCCAGGGGAAGCCGUCUCCCACAGGGAUCAGGAAUUCCAUUCUGAAGAGAGCCCACAGCAAGGAAAGGGCUCACCCCUCAUCACAGCCUCCCAAGGGAGCCCAAGCCCAGGACGACAGCUUUGUCAACACCAUGAAUUCUAAGGCCGCCUCACCUGGGGAAAGGUCUUCAUCAUCCUCCUCCAAGCUGGCAUAGCCUCCAGUCUCAGCGGGCUCACGGGUCUCUGUCAUGGCCAGGGGAGGGGACAAGAGACGGGAGCAGAGCAGCCACUGGGCAAGGUCCCUCCCCGGCCAGCUCUCCCACGGUCACACCUCCAGCCACAAGCUCUUCUAACACAGGAUGUUGGCAGGUAGAGAGGGAUGCUGGACAUGGGGAAAGAAAAGGCCUGUGGUGACUCAAUAAAUUUUUACAUAAC